AGAGAGAGAUGGAGACACAAAACCCCAAGCAAGCUCUAGGCUCCCAGCUGUCAGCACAGAGCCCGACCCGGGGCUCGAACCCAUGAACGGUGAGAUCAUGAUCUGAGCCAAAGUCGGAGGCUUAACCGACUGAGCCACCCAGGCACCCCAAGCAGGGAGAACCUGUCACAGAAGCGACCGGAAGUAGUGAACUCCUUGUCCCUGAGGGCUGCUUGCAGCAAGCAACUGGUUGGUAAGAAUCCCAGUUGCUGUCACAGAUUGAAUGUAUACCAUGCAGCGCACCACGCUUGGCACUUCGUGUGUGUUUGAUACUCACACACUCACUGAGUACCUGGCAGAGCUGGGAUUUGAACUCAGGCUGUGAUUUUAGCAGUUUGUUAGGUUCCUUCCCUAAUCCCGUAAUAGUAAUGAUGAUGAAGCUAAUCAUGGAGCUACUGUCACAGCUAUUGUUCCUUGAGCGUUUUUUAUUCUGAGCUAAGUGUUUUUUAAGCACCGUCUUGUUUAAUCUGCCUUACAAGGCAUUGUAAAGCUUGGUGCAGCAGUAAUUAAUCCAUUUAAAGAAGAGAUGUGGGGCACCUGGGUGGCUCAGUCGACUAAGGGUCCUGAGGGGUAAGGGUCCUAAGGGUCCGGCUCUUGAGUUCAGCUCAGAUAUUGACCUCACAGUUUCUGAGUUUGAACACCGCUUCCGGAGUUGCGAGCCCCGCGACAGGUUCUGCAGGGAGAGCUCAGAGCCUGCUUGGGAUUCUCACUCUCUCCCUGUCUCUGUGUGCCCCUCCCUCCCCUCUCAGAAUAAAUAAAUAAACUCCAAAGAAAAUAAUUUUAUGAGAAAGAGACAGCUGAAUCUCAUCAUCCAGCUCUCAGGAGUUGAAUUCUCUGUUGCAGUACACAGAUGUCUGUUAAGGUAGUGUUUAUAAUUACUGCUGCCUUCAGAAGAGGUUCAUGUUUUGGGAGGAAAUCUAAGUUUUAGGGUCUCACCAAGUAAUAUAGUUCAGAAAGCAUGUUCUAAAAACAAUCACUCCUGGGACCGCCAAGGGUCCAGAUACAACUUUCCUCAACAGCAGCAACAACAAAAUAAUCUGGGAUCCCGGAAGAUGUCCACCCAGGUUCUGAGGCAAUAAUAAAUAAGUAACAUACGUAGGUAUUUUUAUGUGGUUUCUAUAUAUAUGAGUAUGUGUGAUGUUUUAUGACAUUGACUAGGACAGAGAAAUAGAUGCUUAAGAAUCACGUACAUCGUUGGGACUGGUCUUUGAGAAGCCUUUUGUCCCGCCUGUUUAAAUACGGAUCAUUUCCUAAAAUAUGUUUUUAAUGUCUGCUUUAUUGAAUUGUAGCGACGAUUUUAACAAGCUUUGUGUUUGGAGGACGUUCAAAGGGAGCAAGGAGCGGGGACUCAGGGAAGCCUGCUGCCGCUUCCAGAACUCACCACAAACUCCGCGUGCCUUUCUUAUCCCUUCCUUCAGUGACCGGCCAUGUCGCUGUCCCACUUGUACCGGGACGGUGAAGGCCACAUGGAUGAUGACGAGGACGAGCGGGAGAACUUUGAGAUCACCGACUGGGAUCUCCAGAAUGAAUUCAACCCCAACCGGCAGCGCCACUGGCAGACCAAGGAAGAGGCCACGUACGGAGUGUGGGCAGAGCGAGACUCAGAUGAAGAGAGGCCCAGCUUUGGAGGCAAACGGGCCCGAGACUACUCCGCACCAGUCAACUUCAUCAGCGCCGGCCUCAAGAAAGGGGCAGCAGAGGAGGCGGAGCUGGAAGAUUCCGACGACGAGGAGAAGCCUGUUAAGCAGGAUGACUUUCCUAAGGAUUUCGGACCCAAGAAGUUAAAGACGGGUGGCAAUUUUAAACCCAGCCAGAAAGGCUUUGCAGGAGGAACCAAGUCUUUCAUGGAUUUUGGCAGCUGGGAAAGACACACCAAGGGAAUUGGACAGAAGCUUCUGCAGAAGAUGGGCUACGUCCCUGGAAGGGGGCUCGGGAAGAAUGCACAAGGUAUCAUUAACCCAAUCGAAGCCAGACAGAGAAAGGGCAAAGGUGCCGUGGGCGCUUACGGCUCUGAGCGUACCACUCAGUCCCUGCAAGACUUCCCCGUGGUUGACUCAGAAGAAGAAGCGGAAGAGGAGUUUCAGAAGGAGCUGAGCCAGUGGAGGAAAGACCCCAGCGGAAGCAAGAAGAAGCCCAAAUACUCUUACAAGACGGUGGAGGAGCUGAAAGCCAAGGGCAGGAUCAGCAAGAAGCUCGCCGCCCCCCAGAAGGAGCUUUCUCAGGUCAAGGUCAUCGACAUGACCGGCCGGGAGCAGAAGGUCUACUACAGCUACAGCCAGAUCAGCCACAAGCACAGCAUCCCCGACGACGGGCUGCCGCCGCAGUCCCAGCCGCUGCCGCUGCCCGGCAAAGAGGCCAAGGCGCCGGGCUUUGCGCUGCCCGAGCUGGAGCACAACCUGCAGCUGCUCAUCGACCUUACGGAGCAGGAGAUCAUCCAGAGUGACCGGCAGCUGCAGUACGAGCGCGACAUGGUGGUCAACCUGUCACACGAGCUGGAGAAGAUGUCGGAGGUCCUGGAGCACGAGGAGCGGGUCAUCGCCAACCUCAGCAAGGUCCUGGAGAUGGUGGAGGAGUGCGAGCGGCGCAUGCAGCCCGCCUGCGGCGACCCCCUCACCCUGGACGAGUGCGCCCGCAUCUUCGAGACUCUGCAGGACAAGUACUACGAGGAGUACCGGAUGUCCGACCGUGUGGACCUGGCUGUGGCCAUCGUCUACCCGCUCGUGAAGGAGUACUUUAAGGAGUGGGACCCGCUCAAGGACUGCGCGUACGGCACGGAGGUCAUCUCCAGGUGGAAGAGCCUCCUUGAGAAUGACCAGCUCUUAUCUCACGGUGGGCAGGACCUCUCGGCGGACGCCUUUCACAGGCUGAUAUGGGAAGUCUGGAUGCCAUUUGUUCGAAAUAUCGUCACUCAAUGGCAGCCGAGGAACUGUGACCCGAUGGUGGACUUCUUGGACAGCUGGGUGCACAUUAUUCCCGUGUGGAUCUUAGAUAACAUACUGGACCAGCUCAUCUUCCCCAAGCUGCAGAAGGAGGUGGAAAACUGGAACCCGCUGACGGACACCGUGCCCAUCCACUCGUGGGUCCACCCGUGGCUCCCCCUCAUGCAGGCGCGCCUGGAGCCGCUCUACUCCCCCAUCCGCAGCAAGCUGUCCAGCGCCCUGCAGAAGUGGCACCCCAGCGACUCCUCGGCCAAGCUCAUCCUCCAGCCCUGGAAAGACGUCUUCACCCCUGGCUCCUGGGAGGCAUUCAUGGUCAAGAACAUAGUGCCCAAGCUGGGGAUGUGUCUUGGGGAAUUAGUCAUUAACCCUCACCAGCAGCACAUGGAUGCUUUUUACUGGGUCAUCGACUGGGAAGGGAUGAUCUCCGUCUCCAGCCUGGUGGGGCUUCUCGAAAAGCACUUCUUCCCCAAGUGGCUUCAGGUGCUGUGCUCUUGGCUUAGUAACAGCCCAAAUUACGAGGAGAUCACCAAGUGGUACCUGGGCUGGAAGUCCAUGUUCUCAGAUCAAGUGCUGGCACACCCAUCCGUCAAGGACAAAUUCAACGAAGCGCUCGAUAUCAUGAACAGGGCAGUGUCCUCCAACGUUGGUGCCUACAUGCAGCCCGGGGCACGGGAGAACAUUGCCUACCUCACCCACACGGAGAGGAGGAAGGACUUCCAGUACGAGGCCAUGCAGGAGCGACGGGAGGCUGAGAACAUGGCCCAGAGGGGCAUCGGCGUGGCCGCCAGCUCUGUGCCCAUGAACUUCAAGGACCUCAUUGAGACCAAGGCCGAGGAGCACAACAUCGUCUUCAUGCCGGUCAUCGGGAAGCGACACGAAGGGAAGCAGCUCUACACAUUUGGCCGCAUCGUCAUCUACAUCGACCGCGGGGUGGUGUUCGUCCAGGGCGAGAAGACCUGGGUGCCCACCUCCCUGCAGAGCCUGAUUGACAUGGCCAAGUAGAGGGCAGCAGGCUGGACACAUGCACUGGAGACGGACGUGGUUAUGAAUAAACAGUGUUUGAAACCGGC